AUGCCUACUUUCGCAGUACUACCAAUGAUUGAUUUAGGUUUUAGUGAAUGUGCAUUGUGGAGCGAUGAAUGUGACGUCAAUGCACGAUGUGAAGACAACACUUUUAGCUAUACGUGUAUUUGCAAUGACGGAUAUGAAGGCAGUGGAACAAUCUGUUCUGAUAUCGACGAAUGUACAUCGGGCACCCACGUCUGUCAUGUCAACGCCGAGUGUGUGAACAACAUAGGAAGUUAUACGUGUGUAUGCCUAGCUGGAUAUACUGGUAAUGGAUUUGACUGCGUUGAGAGAGAUGUCUUACCACGGUUCUACUGCUGUGGACUUGCUGGUGGAGAUUUCUGUAGACUUUACGAGCGACGUCGUCCACGGGCUCACUGCUUUGGUUACAGACGACCAUGGAUGGGAUGGUUUUGGGGAGAUCCGCAUAUCAAUACUCUGGAUGGGAGGAAAUACACCUUCAACGGCCUUGGUGAAUACAUUACGAUGUCUUACAGUCACGGUGAUCCAUUCGUUUUACAAUCAAGAACUGGCAAGGCCUUUAACAACAGUGAACCCGUUGAACACGGAACGGUCUUCAUAGGGUUCGCUGCUACACAAGAUAUCACAAGGGUUGAAUUCCAGCUGAACGACAACAGGACAGAAAUGAGUAUUCUUGUUAAUGGUUCCUCGAUUAAUAUGACAGAUUUGCUAGACGAUGGAUAUGACUCGCAGGAUCCGACUUUCAUCUUAUCCUCGGAUAAUGAGACCGAAUCCGAGGGUGAGAUCAAGGUCACAGCUCUCUUUCAACCAGAAGGCUAUUCGAGUACGUCCUUUACAGUGACCUUUACGAAUGGAAUCUUGGAUAUAACCGUCAUGGUCCCGCCUGAGUAUUCUGAGAACGCAACAGGGAGGGGUCUGCUUGGUAAUGUCAAUGGAAAUACAUCGGAUGAUUUUCUUUUACGAAAUGGAACGUUGCUGACCGAUCAACCCGGGAGAAAUUUAACAGAAGAAGAAAUAUUCCAAUUUGGACAAUCAUGGAUGAUUACGGAGAACGAGUCGCUGUUUGAAUACGGUGAUAGGGACUGGAGUUACUACAAUCCGAGUAACUACACACCAAUGUUCUUAGACGCCCUACUCGCCCUUGACCCAGACAGGACCAGAGACGCCCGGGAGACUUGCGGGGAUAACGAAGCGUGCCUCUUCGACUUCCUCGCUGUCAACCCCGAAUUGGGAAUGCAGACGAUGGACACCGGGAACCAACUUGACAACGAUCUUCAAAACCUUGAAAAUUUCCCUCCAAACAUAACAAGCGUGACAGAGCUGACAGAAACAGAUGGACUUCAAGAGGAUGAUGUUCUCUUUGUGCAAGUUGGCGUGAACAUUACCUUAGAGAUUACUGCACAGGACCCUAAUGAUGAUGACGUAUAUUUCACUUUCAACGAUACAACUCCGGAUGGUACAAAUAUCAGCUCAGAUGGCGUAUUCACCUGGAUACCUACUGACCUGAACGUCUCCUCCAUUGAGAUCAUCGCCAUGGACAACCGAGGCGCGGAGACCUCUUUGUCGUACAAUGUCCUCAUCUGUCAAUGCGAGAACAAUGGCGUGUGUGACUUUGAGAGCCAGGCCGAGGGACAGGACCUCAGUGCUAAUGGCUUUGCUGUGGUCACGUGCAACUGCACUGAUGGAUGGUCAGGUGACCACUGUGACGUAGACUUCGAUGCAUGUGAGGGCAGCGGGCCCUGCUAUGACGGGGUUAUCUGCUACGAUGAGCCUCCAUCUUCGGAUGAAGAAUACAGAUGUGGGCCAUGCCCUCCCCUGCUGACGGGCGACGGAAGUAACUGCUACGAUUUCAAUGAAUGUGCUGAUAAUGACACAAAUAACUGUGAUCAGGUUUGUGAAAAUGCAUUGGGAUCCUACACAUGUUCUUGUGACACAGGCUAUAGGCUUGGCCUUGAUCAACGUUCAUGUAUUGAGAUAUUUUGUACUGAGGAACUAAUGAAUUCCACUGGAUCUGAAAACUGUACUUGCGAGCCAGGCUUUGAACUCAUAAAUGGAUCCUGUAUAGAUUUUGAUGAAUGUCUAGCUGGUGUCGACCAGUGCCCGCCUGAUAUAUCUACUUGCAACAACAUACCAGGAGAUCAUAAUUGCACUUGCCAUUCAGGAUACGAAAACAUGUCCCCAAAAGAGUGUCAAGAUAUUGACGAAUGUGAACUUGGCUUGGAUAAUUGCAACAGGACUGAAUUCAACUGUGUGAACACACUGGGUAACUUCUCAUGCGUAUGCAAGGAGGAUACAACAGAAAUCAAUGGAGUUUGUCUAGGUGCAUUGACAUUGUCGCUCAACGCUCGUUUUUCAUUCAUCAACGGGCUUAGCGUUGUUACCUACCCUGACACAAUUGACUCUCAAGAAAAUCAGCAGAAGUUGGCACAAGAUGUCCUGCGUUACCUCAACACCUCAGCACUAAGUGCAGACGAGUUGCAGGCUGUAUCUGUGCAGAACUACAGCUUGGCAGGAAGUUCUCUUCAGAUUUCCUUCCGGGUUGACUUAAAACCCGACUCGUCACUGAUCGAAUCUGGUCUGGAGAAUAUUUUUAUGGAACUUCUUCCAAGCUCACGGCUUAUUGAACCAAACCAUGAAGUUACGCCUGAGGAUAUCAAUGAAUGUGAGCUAUCUACGGAUGUGUGUGGUAACGGUAACUGUACAAAUACAGACGGUAGCUAUUUUUGUACCUGUUCUGAAGGCUUCCAACUCGGAAACGGGGAUGCUUCUUGUGUAGAUAUCAAUGAGUGUCUCGGGGAUCAUAGAUGCAACCAAACUUGUAUCAACUCACCGGGGGAUUUCUCGUGUUCUUGCAAUCCUGGAUUUGAGCUUGAUGAUGAUGGUUUUGCAUGCAUUGAUACUAAUGAAUGUAAUGCAACAGACGUGUGUAGUAACGGGAACUGUACAAAUACAUAUGGAAGCUACUAUUGCACUUGUGAUGAUGGUUUCAUUGGAACUGGAAAUGAUUCUUGUACAGAAAUCGAUGAGUGCGAAUCUGAUCCUUGUCAAAAUGGAGCGACGUGUACGGAUGGGAUCAACAUGUAUAGCUGUACCUGCGCACCUGGUUUUACUGAAACUAAUUGCUCAAUGGGUAAUUUGACCAAAAAUAAGUAGUACGGCAAUCUUGAGAU